UUUAUUUGCUCCUCGUAAACAUCACUCGGCGGUGCCGUCGGUGUAAAACAGUGUCCUUUUUAUUCCCUCAUCACCAAAAUGAUCACAAACUAGGCUGAGCCGUGAGUGUUGCUUUCCUCCACACUAGCGGUGUCCUUCAAGGAUUCGGUUCCGUUAGCGCGUGCGACCAGUUGCGUAAAGCGCACAAGUGGUACAUCCCCCGUAAAGUUGCACCGGCGGCAUCAUAGGUCUACGUGGGGCGCAGUACAAAAUGCAUCCAUUCCUCGAGUACCUCAAAAGCCCGGAGCUGGUCGUGAAGGUGCAGGAAUACUUCGGCAUCGAGUAUCUGCGCAAAGUCCCCCCGUCCAAAGCGGCGAAACCAGCACAUGGCAAUGGUAGUACGGCAAACGGAAAAGGUGCGCCACCGGGCAAUGGGUACACCGCCGAGAAGAAGAUCGAUGACAAUGAUAAUGCUUAUCGGGUGACGAAUUACUUCUGGUACGUGCUGUUUAUCGUCGGCACCGAGCUGGGCGACGAACUGUUCUACGCCACGUUUAUCCCGUUCUGGUUUUGGAACAUCGACAGCGCGGUAGGGCGGCGGGUGGUUAUGCUAUGGUCAGCGAUUAUGUACGUAGGACAAAGCCUUAAGGACAUUAUUCGAUGGCCAAGACCAAGCUAUCCGGCGGCACGGUUGCAGAAGAAAUGGGGCCUCGAGUACGGUAUGCCGUCGACGCAUGCGAUGGUCUCGGUCGCCAUUCCGUUUUCGGUACUGAUUUACACGUACGAUCGGUACAUUUACUCGAUGCCGGUUGGGCUGGCCAUUGCUUGCGUCUGGUGUGCCGUGAUCUGCGUUAGCCGGGUGUACCUAGGCAUGCACAGUGUGUUGGACAUUGUCGCAGGACUGUUGCUGGUCGUACUGUUGAUGAUCCCCCUAAUUCCGAUCGUAGAUCGAUUGGACCUUGUAAUAGUGACUUCCCGCUGGUCGCCAAUAUUCGUGCUCUCGAUAUCGAUACUACUGAUCGUGUUCUAUCCCGAUCCGGGUAAAUGGACCCCAACGCGCGGCGAUACCGCUCUUACGGUAAGCGUUUGCGCUGGCAUCGAGCUCGGCGCCUGGUUGCACUACCAUUUGGGCGAGUUUCAGCAACCGGCACAGCCACCACCGUACGAAAUCAUCUGGCCGUCCUACAGCAUGCUCGGCCUGCUGCUGCUCCGCACCGUGCUCGGCCUGUGCUGCAUCGUUGCGUCCCGUGCCUUUGCCAAAUCGAUCUCGUACGCGUUCGUGUGCUUCAUACUGGGGCGGGACAAGAACGAGCUGCGCCAGUCGGAGGAUACGCUCGAGAACAAGAACAAAAUCAUCGUCGAGCUGUCGUACAAGCUGUUCACGUACGGUGUGAUCGGGUUCAACACCCAGUACCUGCUGCCGAGCGUCUUUAAGCUGCUCAACAUCGGCCGGCCCGAUUUCUACACCGAAAUCUAAACCCCAUUCCAGCCAUCCAGAGCACCCACACGCACGCACCGGUGUAUGCGGCUAGCGCAGCAAAAAAAAAAAAGAAAGCAUCGCACAUUCCAUCCAUAUGAGAAAAAACGAUCGAUAUCAGUGAGAGUAGAUUAGAAUUUAGCAAACGAGUAGCAUCACAUACAUAUGAACCUAAAUCAUAUUUCUUCCAGGCAAGCUCUCGGUACCGGCAGAUUGAACGGUACCGGUUUACUUGCAGUAUUCAGUAUCUCGCACACUUUACUCCACUCUCUUUAUCAUAUUCCUAUUCUUUUUUCUUAUCAUCCUCCAAUCAAGAACAAAUCAAGAACUACAAAAAAAAAACAGAAUCCACUAGGUCUAGCCAGGUCUGAAAUGUUGUUUUUCCCCAGUUGAAUCUUUACGCGUAAUUUAAUGCAAAUGAAUUACUAAAUAGAAUUGCUAGCACUAAACGCAUCCGCUUCCCGCAUUUUCUCUUUCACAUUUAGUAAAAAAAAACGCAUUAGAAAAGCAGUGUACGCUUAAGGGUAGAGCAGUCGAACAAGUGAGACAAAGUUCUCACGCAAAGUAGAACGCAAUUUUAACGUUGGCCCGACACUUUCCAAGUGCUUCCGUGCAAGAUGGUUGAUAACACGGGCGUGAGUGAUGGUACCGGUUGCUUUUUAGUAAGUGUUAGAAGCGGUCAAAACACAUGAUCCUAUUCCGUCAUGAGGGACAAAAACCUGCUACCAGAGCUUAACAAACAAACAACGUCACAAUUGAGUAAAAACGAAACGAAACAAUUCAGCAUUACUGCCAGUGGAGAAGCGAUUCGAUUUGGGGCGAUCGUUCUUUCGUGUGGCACCACGGUUUUGCAAAGCAUUCUAGUCUAAACGAGGGCAACAGAAAGAGGGCACCACAUAGGCAGGAACCGUACAAAAUACAGGUACUGUUUGGUGUUUAGUGUUUAGACGAAGUCGAAGUAGUAAAGCUCAAUCACAAAACGGUCGAAAAAGCUGGUAAUCGCAGAGAAAGAGAGAGAGAAUGGGAGGUGAAAGUCGUUGAAAUACGUUGACAAAUUUUGGUCCGCUUUUCUUAUUCUCUCACAAUAGAUACAAUGCUGGUUCACAGCGUUUUGUAGGAAGCGCCGAAAUCACGAAAUAAAGAACUUUUUCAACUUUCGAAAUUAA